AUGGAUAGAUCUUUUAAUUUCAGUAAAGAUGAUCAUGAUCAUGUCCUGAGGAUAUUGGGUGAAGAUGACGGUAUCAGAAUGACAAAACUUAGAAUGUUCUUUGAAUUGUUGAUAGAGAACUCGAUCAAUGAAUUCACAAUACAGAGAUUCGAAGAGUGUUUCAGUGAUCUCGAUACCAAAUCAAUUAAAUCAAUACUUGUAAUUAUACAUAGAACCGUUUGUCAGACUUUAACAGAUAAUAUAAAUAAAGAGUUUCUAGAGAUAUGUAAAGAAAGACAGAUUGCGGCAAUACUUUCACAGAUAGAUCAACUCAUCAGAGAACAACCUUUGUUGGACAAUGGCAAGAGAUGUCCACUCUUUAGUUUAGAUGAUCCAUCCGAUUUGAUUUUAACAAACGUAUCACAAUUGAAACAGAAUGAAUACGAUCGACUUAAUGCUAUUUAUCAGAAUUUAUUAGAAGAUAAUGAAAAACUUUCGAAACAAUCCAAUCAGUUAGAGAAUGAAAAGUCAAGUACUAUUAACAAUCUUAAUUCUAAAGUGAAAUCAGUGAAUGAUCUCAUUAAAGCAUCUGUACAGUUUGAACAAUAA